UGAAUGUCAUGCGUGAUGCGUGUGCUUCUCUUCAAGAUUCCAAGCACAUAAUCCAUGAAAAGGGUUGAAAACUACGACAGUGUAAGCCAUGGUGAACAUUACAAGAAGAAUUCACGCCAAGUUAACUUGUAGCUAGCUGGAUUCGUAAGUGAAGCUAAACAAUGUCCUAAUAAUAACACCUCUUAGUAUUCUCAAAGGGAACAUGAACACUUAGAAUAUUCCCAUUGUUAUCAUCUUCAACUACCUACAUUGUGACUCAAAUAUCCAAUCCUAAUAAUAUCUGCUUGCCUUGCACUGCUUUCAAUCUCAGUACUAUUGCAACAUGGGAUUUUCUCUUUUUGGUCUUCAACAACUUGUUACUUCUUUUGCAGUUGUUGCCACAUUAUUGAGCAUUGUUGGCACAGCACAAGAGGGUCCUAUCAAUUCUUUAAGCCGUAGAUUUAUCCAUUCCCACAUCAAUGAACAAGAAAACGAUAACAAUAAUUCUCCUAUUAUUGCUCGCGUACUGCAAGAUAAUCAAGGCAACGAUUCUCCAUCACCAGGUCACAACAAUACUCCAGCUUUGUUAUUAAUCCUGAAUGUGGUUCUUGUUCUUGCAAUCAUACUGCUCUUGAUGCUAUACUACAACACAGCAAGAAAACUGAACAAGAUGAUGAAGUUGCAGCAGCAGGAUCCCAAUAACAAAAAAUGCAUUGUUGUGAAGAAAGAGGUGGAAAAAGAGGAUAUUGAAGAGAGCAGCGGUUGGGAGAAGAAGAUAGAGAUAGGAGAAGGUACAAAGAUGAGGGUGGAGGAGAGAAAAGAACUCAUGUUCUUCAACGGCAACAAGACAAGGUUUGAGAUGGGACAACUUCUAAGGGCGUCAGCAGAGACACUGGGACAGGGAAUGAUGGGAAACAGUUACAAGGCCAUGAUGCAUGAUGGACCGACCAUUGUUGUGAAGAGGCUGAGGGACUUGAAACCUUUCAGUGAGAAGGAAUUCGAAGCACUGCUGCGUGUCAUUGCAGGGAUGCAGCACCCUAAUUUGUUGCCUUUGCUUGCUUACUACCAUUCAAGAGAUGAAAAGCUGCUUCUCUACAAAUAUGCACAGAAUGGGAACCUUUUCUCUAGGCUUCACGAUGGUAGAGAUGGAAAUCGGGUGCCAUUGAAAUGGAAUUCAAGGCUAUCAAUUGCAAAAUCCGUAGCUGGAGCAAUGGAGUACCUGCACAGUAACACCAAGAACCCUAACAUUGUCCCACACGGCAACCUCAAGACCACAAACGUGCUCAUAGACGAAAACGACGUCGCCCUCGUCUCCGACUACGGCCUCUCCGCCCUAAUAGCCCAACCUAUCGCCGUUCAGCGCAUGGUCAUUUAUAACUCACCGGAAUACGUCCAGUCAAAGCGAGUGACAGCGCAGUCCGAUGUUUGGAGCUACGGAUGCCUCCUCCUCGAGCUCUUAACCGGAAAAAUUUCUGCCUGCUCUUCUCCGCAUGGAUCGAACGGUGUUGAUCUGUGCGGUUGGGUUCAUAGAGCGGUGAGGGAGGAAUGGACGGCUGAGAUCUUUGAUAAAGAGAUCUAUAGGCAGAAGAAUGUUCAGAGUGGGAUGAUACGGAUGCUUGAGAUUGCGAUGCUUUGUACGGAGAGGUUCCCGGAGAAUCGGCCUAGGAUGAGCCAGGUUGUUAGGGAAGUUGAGAAGAUACAGGCGGUGCCGGCGGCGUCGGAGUCGGUGGAUGAGGAUGAUCUCUCUGCUGAGAGGUCUUUCACUGAUGAUUCUCUUUCUAUGUAUUCAACAAGUCACUCUGGAAUUAUUCUUGCAGAUAAUUAAGAAUGGCUAAGCAAUAAGCAUGCUUCAUUGGCAGCCGCUUUUAGACUUUAAUUAAUUCAUGUUAAAUUAAGAUGAUCCAAAAUAAAAAUGCCUAGUUAUCUUGGAAUCAAGAAGAAAUGAAAUUCGUUCAAUCAUAAUAAGUUAUACAUACAUGGCAUUUAAUUUACAGCAUGACGGCGUAGAAUA